AUGUACACAUUUUCUACAUUACCCGUCGAACUUGUUUAUCGAAUUCUGGAUCAUCAAACUGACCUGACGCUAUUUUGUUCAAUGCAAAAUAUUUGUCGACGGCUCAAUCAGAUCCUGAGCACUUAUGAACGAUACCGAACACUCACCACACUACAUGUCAGCGGGAGUCGAAUCGGUGAUAAACAAGCACAACAUAUUGCGCAUGUGUUGCGAACGAACACGACAGUCACCACACUAGACCUCCGCGGCAGCAGAAUCGGUGGUGAAGGAGCAAAAUAUAUUGCGGAUGCGUUGCGAACAAACACGACACUCACGACACUAGAUCUCACAGUUAACAGAAUCGGCGCCGAAGGAGCACGACACAUUGCAGAUGCGUUGCAAACGAACGCAACACUCACCACGCUACAACUCGAUUCGAACGAAAUCCUUGGAAGAGCAGCACAACACAUAGCGGAUGCCUUGCGAACGAACAAGACACUAACCGCACUAGACCUCGGCGGCAACAGAAUCGGCAGUGAAGGAGUACAACACAUUGCAGAUGCGUUGCGAACAAACACAACACUCGCCACACUAGAUCUCACAGUUAACAGAAUCGGAGCUGACGGAGCACGACACAUUGCAGAUGCGUUGCAAACGAACACGGCCCUCACCACGCUAGAUCUCCACGGCAAUGGAAUUGGUGAUGAAGGAGCACGACACAUUGCGAAUGCGUUGCAAAAGAACACGACACUCACCACGCUAGAUCUCCACGGGAGCGGUAUUGGUGAUGAAGGAGCACGACACAUUGCGACCGCGUUGCAAACGAACAAAGCACUCACCACGGUAGAUCUCCACGGCAACGGAAUUGGUGAUAAAGGAGCACAACACAUUGCAGAUGCGUUGCAAACGAACACGGCACUCACAACGCUAGAUGUCCGCGGCAACAGUAUUGGCGAUGAAGGAGCACGGCACAUUGCGAAUGCGUUGCAAACAAACACGACACUGACCACCCUACAACUCGAUUCGAACGAAAUCCGUGGUAAAGCAGCACAACACAUUGCGGAUGCGUUGCAAACAAACACGACACUCACCACACUAAACCUCGGCGGCAACACAAUCGGCGCUGAAGGAGCACAGCAGAUUGCGAAUGCGUUGCAAACGAACACGACACUCACCACACUAGAUCUGCGCGAGAACGGAAUUGGUGAUGAAGGGGCGGGACACAUUGCGAAUGCGUUGCAAACGAACGCAACACUCACCACGUUACAACUCGAUUCGAACGAAAUCCUUGGAAGAGCAGCACAACACAUAGCGUAUGCGUUGGAAAGGAACAAAACACUCACCACACUAAACCUCGGCGGCAACAGAAUCGGCGCUGAAGGAGCACAACACAUUGCAGAUGCGUUGCGAACAAACACGACACUCGCCACACUAGAUCUCACAGUUAACAGAAUCGGAGCAGAAGGAGCACGACACAUUGCGAGUGCGUUGCAAACGAACACGGCACUCACCACGCUAGAUUUUCGGGGUAACGGAAUUGGUGAUGAAGGAGCACGACACAUUGCGAAUGCGUUGCAAGGAAACACGACACUCACCAAGCUAGAUGUCCGCAGCAACGGAAUUGGUGAUGAUGGAGGACGACACAUUGCGAAUGCGUUGCAAAAGAACAGGACACUCACCACACUAGACUUCGGAGUUAACAGAAUCGGCGGUGAAGGAGCACAACACAUUGCGGACGCGUUGUGUAGGAAUGCAAGCGUCAAGAUGAUGUAG